CUCGCCACGUGAUCCGGGAGGGCGGAAGCGGAAGUGCCGGCCCGGAGCCCUGGCUAGGCGGGAGUCCCUUCAGUGCUGCCCCGCAGCCCCCUGCACCAGCCAUGGACUGCUACACGGCGAACUGGAACCCGCUCGGGGACUCUGCCUUUUACCGGAAAUAUGAGCUGUACAGCAUGGACUGGGACCUGAAGGAGGAACUCAGGGACUGCCUGGUGGCUGCUGCGCCUUAUGGAGGCCCCAUUGCACUGCUGAGGAACCCCUGGCGGAAGGAGAAGGCUGCAAGUGUACGGCCGGUACUUGACAUCUACUCUGCUUCUGGCAUGCCUCUGGCCAGUCUGCUGUGGAAGAGUGGGCCAGUGGUGUCCCUGGGCUGGUCAGCUGAAGAGGAGCUCCUCUGCGUGCAGGAAGAUGGUGUAGUACUGGUUUAUGGGCUUCAUGGAGACUUCCGGAGACACUUCAGUAUGGGCAAUGAGGUGCUCCAGAAUCGGGUUCUAGAUGCUCGAAUCUUCCAUACUGAGUUUGGUUCCGGAGUGGCCAUCCUCACAGGGGCCCACCGCUUCACCCUCAGUGCCAAUGUGGGUGACCUCAAACUCCGCCGAAUGCCAGAAGUGCCAGGUUUGCAGAGCGCACCCUCGUGCUGGACCACACUGUGCCAGGACCGAGUGGCACACAUUCUUCUGGCUGUGGGGCCCGAUCUUUACCUCCUGGACCAUGCAACCUGCUCCACCGUGACACCUCCUGGCCUGGCCCCAGGAGUGAGCAGCUUCCUGCAGAUGGCUGUUUCUUUCACCUACCGACACCUGGCACUCUUCACAGACACGGGCUAUAUCUGGAUGGGGACAGCUUCACUCAAGGAAAAACUGUGCGAGUUCAACUGCAACAUCCGGGCCCCCCCGAAGCAGAUGGUCUGGUGCAGCCGUCCUCGUAGCAAGGAGAGGGCUGUUGUGGUGGCCUGGGAGAAGCGGCUGAUGGUGGUGGGUGAUGCACCUGAGAGCAUCCAGUUUGUGCUGGAUGAGGACUCCUACCUGGUACCUGAGCUGGAUGGGGUCCGCAUCUUCUCCCGCAGCACCCAUGAGUUCCUACAUGAGGUUCCAGUGGCCAGCGAGGAGAUCUUCAAAAUUGCCUCAAUGGCCCCCGGAGCACUGCUGUUAGAGGCCCAGAAGGAAUAUGAGAAAGAGAGCCAGAAAGCGGAUGAGUACCUGCGGGAGAUCCAGGAGCUGGGGCAGCUGACCCAGGCCGUGCAGCAGUGCAUUGAGGCUGCGGGACAUGAGCACCGGCCAGACAUGCAGAAGAGUCUGCUCAGGGCUGCUUCCUUCGGAAAGUGUUUCCUCGACAGAUUUCCACCUGAUGGCUUCGUGCGUAUGUGUCAGGACCUGCGUGUGCUCAAUGCCAUUCGGGACUAUCACAUCGGGAUCCCCCUCACCUAUAGCCAAUACAAGCAGCUCACCAUCCAGGUGCUGCUAGACAGGCUUGUGUUGCGGAGGCUUUACCCCCUGGCCAUCCAGAUAUGCGAGUACUUGCGCCUUCCUGAAGUGCAGGGUGUCAGCAGGAUCCUGGCCCAUUGGGCCUGCUACAAGGUACAACAGAAGGACGUGUCUGAUGAGGAUGUUGCUCGGGCCAUUAACCAGAAGCUGGGGGACACACCUGGUGUCUCCUACUCCGACAUUGCUGCUCGGGCCUAUGGCUGUGGCCGCACAGAGCUGGCCAUCAAGCUUCUGGAGUAUGAGCCUCGCUCUGGGGAGCAGGUACCUCUUCUCCUAAAAAUGAAGAGGAGCAAACUGGCACUGAGCAAGGCCAUCGAGAGUGGGGACACUGACUUGGUGUUCACGGUGUUGCUGCACCUGAAGAACGAGCUGAACCGAGGAGAUUUUUUCAUGACCCUUCGGAACCAGCCCAUGGCCCUGAGCUUGUACCGACAGUUCUGUAAGCACCAGGAGCUAGAGACGCUGAAGGACCUUUACAAUCAGGAUGACAACCACCAGGAGCUGGGCAGCUUCCACAUCCGAGCCAGCUACGCUGCAGAGGAGCGUAUUGAGGGGCGGGUCGCAGCUCUGCAGACAGCAGCCGACGCCUUCUACAAGGCCAAGAAUGAGUUUGCAGCCAAGGCCACAGAGGAUCAAAUGCGGCUCCUACGGCUACAGCGACGCCUAGAAGAUGAGCUGGGGGGUCAGUUCCUAGACCUGUCUCUACAUGACACAGUCACGACCCUCAUCCUUGGUGGCCACAACAAGCGUGCAGAGCAGCUGGCACGUGACUUCCGCAUCCCCGACAAGAGGCUCUGGUGGCUGAAGCUGACUGCCCUGGCAGAUCUGGAAGACUGGGAGGAACUAGAGAAGUUUUCUAAGAGCAAGAAAUCACCCAUUGGCUACCUGCCCUUUGUGGAGAUCUGCAUGAAGCAACACAACAAAUACGAGGCGAAGAAGUACGCCUCCCGAGUGGGUCCCGAGCAGAAGGUCAAGGCCUUGCUUCUUGUUGGGGAUGUGGCUCAGGCUGCAGACGUGGCCAUCGAGCGCCGGAAUGAGGCAGAGCUGAGCCUUGUAUUGUCCCACUGCACUGGAGCCACAGAUGGGGCGACAGCCGACAAGAUUCAGCGGGCCAGGGCACAAGCCCAGAAGAAGUGAGGGGCCCACCCUGCACGUCUCUUCAGGUCCUGAGCGUGGCAGAAGAGUCACUACUCCUUCAGUUUCUCCCCCAGAGCUAAGCUGAGGAGCUGGGGUAGGAAGGGAGCCAGGGGUCUGGUUGUAAAUAAAGUUGAACCUUUUAGAGUGCUU